GCCAUGGAUAUUUUGCUGGACGACGAGGACGGCCUCGGGGGCCAGAAUUUAGUGUGGACUGCUGACGAGAAUGACGAUGACAAUGUGUGGGCAAGUGUCAUGGAGGUGCCCGGGCAGAAGAAGGAGUCAGUCCUUUUUCUAGACGAAGACACAUCAUACGUCUACAGGGCUAAAACAAAAAAGUGGGAGUACAACAGGAGGUACUUGAAGUGCCGCAAGAGGCACUGCUACGCCAAAGCAGUCUUAAAGCGAGCAAAUGGGUUGCAGUAUAUUUGCCAAACAAGUUCUCACCAUCACCUUCCUGAAAAAUCAUUUCUUGAGGCAAAUCAGUUCCGGCAGAUAUUGUACAAGAGGGCCAGAAAUGAGUGUACAGCACUUUCUGAAAUCCACCGACAGGAGUUGGCCAAGAUUGAAGAUGAGCAUGUGAUUGCCAAAAUGACCUACGCCAGACUGCAAUCAUCAAUGCAAAGGCAGCGGAAUGUCGUCUACCCUCCCUUGCCUAAAACAUUAGCUGAAUUUUGUCUUAGCCUAGAUGAGCCCCAAUAUGCGGAGAGGUUUGGAAAGACAAGGGAUGGCAAGAGAUACUUCCGCACGUGGAGAACUGGAAGUGCAUUAGAAGGAACAGUUGCUAUUUUUGUAAGCGAGCACUUUGAACCAAUGCUAUCUACAAGUCAUUGCUUUCAAAUUGACGGGCAUUUUAAAAUGAGCCCCAACAUUAGUGAUGUUUACCAGCAAGUAACAAUUAUGCCAGUUUCAUACGACCAUGUAUUUCCAGCUGUGACCAUACUCAUGACCAGAAAAACGAAGGCUGCUUACAAAAUGGCAUUCCAGUGCUUGAAAGAGGAAGUUCCAACAAUUAAUAUGCCACAUAUUAUGAGCGACUUUGAAAAGGGUCUCCUUGGAGCUCUUCGGGAAGAAUUCCCAGCUGCACAUUUGACAGGCUGUCUAUUUCAUCUGGAUCAGGCCAUGUGCAAGAAAGCAUCAAAAAUCGGCUUGAGGCCUCUUUUGAAUGAAGAUGAUCCUGCUGGAAAAGCUCGUGGAAAAGUAGUUAGAAUGUGCAUGGCACUGCCUUUUCUACCUGCCGAAAAAAUUGACGAGGGUUUCAGAGCAGUCAGAGAUCACUCAAGAAUCCAGAACUACAACGAGUUGGAACCAUUUUUAGACUAUGUGGAAAGGACUUGGUUGCAAGGUAAAACUAUCCAAGAGAAAUUAUAUUAUUUGCACUGA